GCAUUGAUCUGCUGAUGAUCUUAUGAGCCCGACCUGCAUCGCCUAGUAAUUAGCAGAAGAGCAAGAUGAAGGCCCUUAAAACUUAAAAAAAUAUAUAAAUUUGUGCUUCAAACCAUAGAAAUGUGAUCAUGAAAUUCAAAACAGAUUUUAAAUUUUGGAAAAUUCUAGUUCUUCUCUCUCUGCUGGCUGGAGAAAUCUAUGGACGCCCACAUCGAUAUUACAACAGGAGAAAUAGUAAAAUUGUAAAGAGGGUUGAAAUAAGUGGAGCCGGGACGCCAUUUAGAUCCCAAGUGGCCAGUAGAAGGCAAAAUGUCAUACAUGCAGGGACGGACUACGGUUCAGAGGACAAUAGCAAGCCUGAAGUAGAUGAACUUGAGAACCUAGGCAAAAUUGUUGACUAUGACGGGAAAGUUAUCGAAAAUGAUAAAGGAAACGGAGCAAAGUGGAAAGAUACAGCUGCUAUAAGCAAAGAUGUGAUAGAAAGAAUUAAAGAAAUUCAAGAUAGCUUGAUGAAAAGGAGUGGCGGUAAAAAUCUAGCAGAAAAACUGAAACUGUUGCAACCUGAGAAGAAUAUAACAGUUGCAUCAACAGACAGUAACGGUGUUACGAGCCGGAAGAUAAUACCAGAGGAUGUUGUAAACAAGAUAAUAUCGAAGUUCCAAGAACUAAGAAGCCAAGCGAGUGAAUUGGCGAAGCUAGAUGAGCGUGCAAAACAGGAGGUAGGCGAAAAGGGAGAAAAAGAGGUGAAGAAAGAAGAUUCAAAGGAGGAAGAGAAACCAAAGCAAGAUUCAAAGGCAGAGGUGAAAGCAAAAGAAGCAAAAGAAGAGAAGCCUUCAUCAGCAUACGAAUCGAUAGGGCCUGCAAAGGAAAAUGAAGAAGUUCGGAAUAUAACACAGCAUUCGGUGGCUGAGUCAGAGACAAACCUAGAGGGGAAUCAGGCAAUGCUUAAAGCACCACGAGGUCCACAAGAAGUGCCAAUGAUGCAACCAAAAAACAAUGCCAUGUUCCAGCAGAAUAUGAUGCCACAAAACAUGCAAGGCAAUAUGAUGAUGCCAAUGAUGCCUGGAAAAGUGCCUAUGAUGUUUAUCAAAUCGGGCCAAAUGCUUGUGCCAGUCUUUGGAGGACAGAAUGGUCCAAUGUUUGGAAAUCCACAAAGCGGACCUGAGUACCCUGAAAGGAGGGGCAUUGACGAGAGACCAAUGGAACCAUACGCACCAGCUGGACCAAUGAUGCCACAAUUAAUGCCACAACAGUCAGCAAUGGAAACUGGGCAAUCUAGAUCAGGGCCACAGCUUGAAAGCAGAGGGCCAAGUGGAGGUGUGCAAAUACCCUCUGUUCCUUAUUCAAUGAUAAUGUCACUUAUGUCUGCCCCAGGAAUGAUGACAAAUUUACCUGCUUUGCCGCCUCAGAUGAAUGGUGUCAUGAACAUGCCGCAGAACCCAGGGAUCAAUACAGCAGCUAUGAUGCAACCGCCUCCUGCAAUGAAUGAGCCACUAAGUGGAGAACAGACAGGGGUAUCCCGUAGCUUCAGAUUUCCUGGUCAAAAUUCAAUGCCAGGAGGUGAUCAGGCAGCAGCAUUUUAUGGAGGGGCUCCUAGCCAGGGACAACCUAUGUCAGCGGAACCUAUGGGAGGAGCCCCUAUGAUGGGAGGAGCGCCAAUGGCGGGAGGAGCUCCGAUGGCUGGAGAAAGAGGCCCCUUGGCCAUGGACAUGUCUGGCAGACUAUCCAUGCUUAGUCCAAUGAGUUCUGCAUUUCAACAGCAGCCAAGUCCCGGACCCGGGCCAUUGGCAGCCAAUCCGUUUCAGGCAACGCACUCUGAUCCACAAAAUGGUAUGGAGCUUUUCAACAAAGAACAACAGAUGUUGAAUCCAGUCAUGGCCAACCCAGUAAAUGACCUUUCUGAUCCAAUGGAAGGACAGGCUAAUCUACGUAACAUCAAUCCAGAUUCAUUACUUGAACUGGCGAAAAUGCGAAGCACAGAAACAGAAAAUCCGGCCAUUGGCGAUCCAAGAACGCUUCCAAGAAAUCCGGACACCUUGUUGGAUACAUUGCACAUGAGGCAACUCAACAGAGGACUGACUGGUCCUGGCGAUCCGGAAAAGUUCGCCAUGGGAAACAGCGGCACAAUGCACAGUCCGUUUGAUGGAACGAACCCAGAAUCGCUUCUAGACAUGCUGAGUAAGCGCAAAACAAACGACAUGAGUAACCGGGAUGUAAUGGAUUGGGAACGAGCGCAAGAGAAUCAAGCAUUGAGCGGCAUCAAAGCAGACAAUAGUGCAUUUGCACGCGGGAUUUCGGAAAUUGGAACAAACGGGAUGCAAUCUAUAUCCUCUCUUCCUACACCAAGUAUAAGAGGUGUAGACCCCAGUUUUGCAGAUGUUGUCGGAAACCAAGCGUUUGACAUUGCCAAUCGGAAUUCUGCAGGGGAUAAUCCGGUCGAAAGUUCUUUUUUCCAGCCCGGAAGACACAGCUAUAAUGGCGCUGGACGAAACUCGAUUUCAGUUGUAUCCCAUGAUGACUUGCGGUACGAGCAAAGUAAAAAUGCUAUUGAUUCGGGUGACAAUGCGAGUCCGUUAAACCAAGCGGACGUGUACGUAAGACACAAGAUAUUUAACCCAGAUAUAAGUGGGACUAAACGGUCCAAGAUGGCAUCACUACAAGACGACAACAUUGAGGUUAAAGUUAACGGAAGACCACUUGCAGAAAGAGGGAGUUUGAGGAGCAAAAUUGUUAACGGCAAAGUAAAGGAGGGACAUGGAAAGACUUUAAGCUCCAAGAAGCCAGUUCGGAUUGAGUUAUCGCAUUUGAACGAUGCUAAGAGAACGAAAGUUGUAAACAUUAUCACUACAGGAAAGUACAAUGUGACAGAAUCAAGACGCGACAAGAUAACAAAAAAGACAGAUAAAGGAAAGAAAAACAUCUUGACUAAAUUCUACCGAAAUUCAUAAAGGGGAAGAAGCCGGGCUUGCGUAAUUAAAUACAUGUAUCUCACGAUAUAAAGAUUUCUUGAUGCAAUCCCAAAGGCAUCCCAGCCAGAGUAGGGCUUUUAAGAAAAUGUCGUUUGGUUUUAAAAAGUCAUAAACUGGCCGAACGACUUCUUACCAAAAGAUUUACAGACAUAAUUCAUACCGCCUUGGAAGAUCCCGAGGUGCUGGAAGCAUUUAUAAAAAGGAAUUGGAGACA